AUGGUUAACUAUUCUCUGCCGUCUGUCCAAGCCGAUGACGAAUGGUCUCCUCUCCGCUCGGUGAUCGUGGGACGAGCAGGGAAAGCGUGCUUUCCCAACGCUCCCCCGGCGAUGAUCGAAGCAACGAUGCCUUCACAUCACGUCCACCAUUUUAAACCCCGACGUCCCUUCGAUCAAAAGCUCAUCGCCAAGGCCGAGGCCGAACUGGACUACUUCGCAGCCAUCCUUCAGGCCGAGGGAGUCCGGGUGUACCGGCCGCCCGCAGGGGUCAACUGGCUGGAUGUGGAUGGAUAUACCGGGGCCAUGCCGCGCGAUGGGCUCAUGAGCGUCCAGAACACGUUAAUCGAAGCCUGUUUUGCGUGGCCCUGUCGGGAUCAGGAGAUUGAAAUCGCGUAUGAAUUCAUCCUAAGCGAGCUGGCGCAGGACAGCCGGGUGGAGAUCAUUCGCCGCCCGCCACACACCCUCGCUGAUACCCUGCUGGACGAGGAUGGGAGUCAGCCCAGUCCGUGGGUGAUCAACAACAGCCGCCCGGCGUUCGACACGGCGGACUUCCUGCGGUUUGGCAAGACCAUCCUCGGACAACUCAGCCACGUUACAAACCAAGCCGGCGUGGAGUACAUCCAGCGCAGCCUGCCUGCGGGGUACCAGAUCGAGAUAAUCGAGGUGGACGACCCCCAUGCGAUGCAUAUCGACGCGACGAUUCUUCCCCUGCGCGAAGGCCUGCUGGUCUACAACCCCCGCAAGGUCACCGAGGAAGCACUGCGCAAACACGCGGUGCUGGCCGAUUGGGACCUGCGCCCUUACCCGUUCACCCCGAAGGAGCCGGAGGAUCCGCCGCUUUAUAUGACAAGUCCCUACUUGAGUCUCAAUGCCUUGGUGUUGGACGGGAAACGGGUCGUGGUUGAGUCCAGCGAUCAGCAGACUGCAAUGUUUUACGAGUCUUUGGGCAUGGAAUGUAUUCUAUGCCCCUUCAGGCAUGUCAACAGUAUCGGAGGCUCCUUCCACUGUGCCACGGUGGAUCUGGUGAGGGACAGCACGGUCAGGCGCUAA